AUUAAAUAUAGUAACACCGACUACGCAAACUGAGUGUCCGUGUGUUACCGAUGAUUCCUCUGGAGGACAUCGCGGAUCCGGAGUGCAAUAGUGGGAGCGACGUUUGAAUCGCGCACGGCACUUUUGUUUUUCUUUUCUUCCUCUUACCUGGCACGCUCGUAGUGUGGGAGCUUGGAGCAUUCUUCUCGACAAGGAGCUGCAUCUGGCACCUCGACAGUGACGGUUUUGUUGGGGGGUCCAGAUCCUGGUCGCGAUCUGUGGGUUUGUGCGGAGAGAGUGAGUUGGGUGAGGGAUCCAGAAAGAGGAGAGCAGUGAUCUGUAAAUGAUCGUCGAGGGUACUCUCAAGUGCUGCCGUGUUUUGGUGUUUUUUGGGGAAGGGAGCAGGGAGGGCUGUGACCCGCACCGUUUCUCUCGUGCUGCGCCUUCGGAAGGUGGAUGGCGAGUCAUACAGAGGUGAUGAGCCAUGCAUUGCAGAUGGACACGGAAGAGAAGCAACAUAAAAACACGUUACAACUUGGAAAGAGCAACAGGGCCAAACGAGAGUCAUCGCCUCCUCGCACGCCUGAAAAAUCUUCGGAGCUUGUCCCGAAGGAUGAGUCCAAAUCACAAGGAAAUGGCAAGUGGAAAGAUCGUUUUUUUCCGAAGUGGAAGACUCCGACCGCGGCAUUCAAUGGGAAUUCCAACAGUCAUCACACUUCAUCUGUAGAGAAUGCGGUGCCAGCUGAUGUGGAGAUGGAAGAAAACUCAGAAAUUACAACGACACUGAAGUUAUUGAAUAAACCGGAUCAACACAUGGCUCAGGGCGUUUACCGUGACGACGGUGGAGGGCCGUCCCCGCUAAUCCUUCUGAAUACCGUGACUGCAGCACGGAAUGCCGUGAAGGAUUUCUCUAAGGAUUUUGUGGCAUUAUUGAAAGACAUGCCCGAUAAGGGUGAGUCCUUUCAGAAGCGAAUGCGGGAUGAGUUGAAUUUGGUUGCUCAGGAUGCACCGGAAGCGAGUGACUCGAAAUUCGUGGCUCAGGCUUACAUUGCCCUCCAGUUAUUUUCAGGAUUUGAAAACGCCUCGUUUUGCAUUAGCAAUACAGGAGAGAAACCAUGGGAAGUGCAGCAUACGCGCGAUUGUUUUGAUAAGUUUCAAGAAUGCAAGGAUAAAAGUCAGACGGUUGCGCAUCUGCUGGAAACUGGGUUAAAUACCAGUUUUCUUUCCCGAUUCUGUUUCAGCAAAUUUGCAAGUCUAAUUCCUAAAAAACUAGAAGAGGGUCUAUUUGGAGGAAAAUGUCCAAAUCAUAGCGAAAUAGCACGUCACAGACACCCGAACACGCCUUUCUACAAGAGUUUUUUAUUCGCAGCUGUGUCCAUCUGGUUGCUCCAGAGGUUGGUGUUCUCAUUUGAACAGAGAGUUAUCACGUAUUCACCUUUCAGAAGUGAUAAUUAUCAGAGGAAGUACAUGGAACCUGCCAUACCUGGAAUCGGUGACAAUGAAGAAGAGGAUGAUGAUGACUUUCUGGAGGUUUUGUUCACUGUGUUUCCUGGAUUUCGAAUCAGCCAGAGCAUCGUCAAGAGUAAUGUGUAUGUCGUAAAGAAAUCUUGUAUACAACCGGUUGUGAAGGGGUUGUAUCCUCAGGUAGACGACUCAUCAGCAGUACCGGAAAAUAUACAAGAGUCCACCCCAGAUUCACAAACAGAGGGACUGGCACCAUCCCCCUAUUCGACCACAUUGCCCACCCAAGGAGAGUAUUCAACGCCUACCGGGAUGGAUGCACGAACGUCUCCCCUAUCUGCGGUCCAAUCGACUACCCCGGGGAGGGAUGACAGGUUUACCACGGCGAAGAUCCAAUCUCAGGACACGGAUGAGCUUGAGACUUCCUCCUUACCAAGUAAGAAUGAUCUCAAACUUAGAGGUGACUCUCUUCCAAAUCCAUCUAUUCCUCAACGGGAAACUUCUGCAAUCAUCAAUGCCAAAUCUUUCUCUGCUACCUCCUCCCCCAAGUCCUCAAAAAGUAAUAAAACUUGGAAAAUUUUAACCAGGUUGUUGCGCGCAAGAAAGAGUUUCGUAAAAUCCGAAGCCAAUGUCCCAGCCAACUGCCAGACACCAGCUGGGGGAGGAGAAAAUUAUAAUACAGAAAACACUCCGACUGCGAAGCCGCCUGUACGAGACGAAAGCUUCUCAUCUGCGGGUGCUGAUGCUGCUGGCGCUCCUGCACCUUCCGUCCCUAGUGUUGGCCCCUCUCCUCCAACAGACGAAGUGGGCAGGGGUCGAAAUUCAACACUCGUUAACGUAGACUAGUUGUGUGAAACGUGUAGCAUCCUGCUACUGUAGCUUCUGUAACAUUCCUGCUUAUUGACCUGGGAUUGUUGUCGAAAGUAAUUCUGAUUCUUCGAGGAUAUAAGAAAGCAACAGAUCCUCAAGUCUGUGUUUAUAGCUCUGCUUUUGAGUUCUGUUACACUUCCAUUUCGUUUGAAACCUUCCUCCAUUUCACAUGC